UGUCAUGCUCCGGCCCCGACCUCCAUGUCCCGCAAAUAUCGUCCUCACAAACGCCGUCGUCCACAAGCAGUAACAUCCCUUGAGGAGCCCAAAGUGCACAACGAUACCAACAAUGAACAACACGCAGAGAUUAUCGACUCUAUGGAGGUGGACGGUUUGAAUCAACAUCCCAUAGAGGAUAUAGAAGACGAGCAGCCUGUCGAACCAUCACAAGAACCUGACGAAGAGCUGAAGAGAAAGCAGGAGAUCUGGGAGGCCUUUCAAGAAGAGCACCAUGAGGUGCUGGAACAGCUUCCACUGUCGCUGCAACGGUCAUAUUCCCUCACAUCGGAACUGGACGAGCAAGUCACCAUAGACUACAACGCACAGAUACUCUCCACCUUCAAGGAAUACGUCGCGCUGCGCAAGUCUUUGGCCGCAAGACCGGAACCACCACAAAAAAUCUAUGGAGAUCCUAUGGAGGUGGAUGAUGCAUCCGAUAUUACUAGAAAGUCCGAUACUGGCUCAGAACUCGUAAAGGAGGACGCAUUAUCUGCCGCACCAAAGCCAGUGCGCUCGACGCGAGAACUGUUGGUUAGCAUUGCGCAGAUGGCAGACGAGACAGUAGAUCGUUAUGCGCGCGAUCUCGACAGGGAAGUUCAGGAGCAGGAGGCUGCAAUCUCGAUAGGCAUGCGCCCGGGAACUCAUGCAACCAAGAUUAUCCUGCCAGAGAUUAUGCCUCCGGGCCCUCGCUCUCUGAAGCCUUACCACACAUUUGUCACGGACGACCUCGAAGACGAGGAACUCCCCGAAGAAUACAUCGAAAUCGAACCCCCACCCGCAUCACCGACACCACCGCUUGAACCUGAGGAAACACCUUCAGUGCCAGAGCCACCACCACCUCCGCCCCCGCCACAAUUGAGUCGUAAAACCCGUGGCAAGAGUAAGAAAUUGCGUAAAUCCGAGUCGCAGGCACCGCACGAGAUGCAGGUAACGCUAGCCGAGCCGCCGAGCGAUGUGAAUUUAGAUGAGGGUAUCCCCGAGAAGCCCACAACGCCACAUCGGCCGACGAUCCGGCUUACUUUCUCGCUGCCGCCUCCGCCACCGGAACAACCCCAGCUACCGCUUCAGGAAGUAGACGCGAACGAGAAUCCGGACGAGAAACUAUACUGCAUAUGCAAUGGCCCAUCUGAUGGCAUGGUGAAUCUUCAUGUGCUUGCCGUUGUUACGUAUGCAGCUGACGUAUAUGACACAGAUGCUGGGGUGCGACAAUCCGAAAUGCGAGCGGGAGUGGUACCAUUUUGA